CUUGAUUUGACAUUUCCCUGACUCGACUGGAUGUGCUAGUCUUGUUUGAAAAUCGCCUCAGUGAAUCAGCUUCUGUUCAGACUGGCGUAAGAGAACGGCUCUCGGCCGGGCAGCCUUACACCACAACUGCAGCAGACUCUGGUUUCGUUGGGCCAUGGAGUCCGCUGACGACUUACGUCGACUUGAAGACUUGGAGAAUGCACAGCGACAUAUGCAUUCAAUGGUCUUGGCCAUCGAGGCACAACUCAGCAGCUUGGAAGUACUGCUAGCAGGAGAAAGAGCCAUACCAUGUACUGUCAAUGAAGGGCACACGGAACACACUGUACAUUGGCCAUCAUCCAGUACUGGUAAGAGCGCAGAUUCUUCAACCACAAUCAGACAUGAGCCAGCAACGAGCAUGGUGACUGAUACUGGGGCCGAUGCUCUACGAAGGCCUUCAUUGACACACACUCCGGAGCGCCACCCUGCUCACACGACGACCAGCCUCAGUGAGCGUCUAAAGUCCUACCCGAAGCCAGUGCAUCCGUACUACCCGGGACUAAGAGCAUCGUAUUGCCCCACGGCUAUGUUCCACUCAAGCAAGGGCUAUCGUCACGGCAGACCACCAGCGCAGUCCAUUCACCGGGCAGCAACCGUACACUUACCGACCUACGACCAAAGCCAGACAACGGCAAUGGCCACCGGCACCAGUACUGCUGCUGAUCCCCAGGCAUUGCCAGUUGCACAAACGUCUUUAGCAAGGGUGAAGCACGCGGGACUGAACGCGUCGCUUCCAGACCUCUACACCGGCAAGAGCAGUGAGCACAUGCCCAGUAAUGAUAAUGUGGGCGGCGAUCAGUCUUCAAGUCUGGUUCGGUCUCAGUCCAAUGUUGAUGUGCUGGUACCUGAAACCGCCACUGACGGCGGCAGGUCAUUGUCCAAAACAGCAGCGGCGCCGGACAGGAGAGUACAGUACCAUCACCGCAGCUCAUCUUACGUCCAUGCCUCGCAAGAUGAGGACGUGAUACGGAUGAUGCAAGAGGACAAGGCUCACCAGGUGGAUGCCUCUUCUUUAGUUCUCCAGUCCUUGCAAGAAGACCAGCCGCUGACUGUCCAGCCGGCCAAGCAUCACACGGGAAGUCCUUCCUGUUACACUGGUGCGGUGGCCGGUCCUGUUGAGAGAGACUCUGCUUACCUGCCAGAUGAUGAUGUUACGGCGUCUUUGCCACCUACUGGUGGUGUGGCAGGUGCAGGACGAGACGCAGGCGUAGGCCUGGCACCGCGUUCAUCCACCAUGCCUGCCAAUGCCGGCAAACGCCAUCUGCGUGGACAGGGUGCAACGGGCGGAGUGGCCCGAGCAUCCAUCAAGCACACGAGUACAGUGGGAUACGGACUGCGCCAGCACACUGUCUAUCACUGUGUAGCAUAUGACAGAGCAGGUGUGCUGCUGGAGGCUGACAGGCGCUAUAACGAUUUCGUAAUGCUCCGCGAUGUUGUACAGUGGCAGUACCCCGAUCUCAAAAGCCAGCUACCCCAGUUGCCGGAGAAGAAGAUGCUCGGAAAACUGAAUUCCGCUGUUGUGGAACAGAGACGCCUUGGUCUGCAAGAUUUCCUGCACUUCAUCGUUUCGCAUCCCACCCUGCAACGAGACGAGGCCCUAGUGUUGAAGCCUUGGCUACUCAAACCACCCUAAAGCACGUCUGGGUACGGGUUUGUUCACGCCUUUGGAGACACCUUCGGUAAAUGAUUGGUUAUCGACUUCUGAAGUAAUUGUAUAAUAAGCUUGGCCGGGGGCAGUGAGAUCGCUACAAUAAAUGUCUUGUAUCUUGCAGACUCCAUUCGUAUACUGGCAGUUUGCUUGCUAGUUGUAGUCUUGCCUUUCUUUUUAGAAACAAGCUUAUAACUCCUGGUCUAGGCACAUACUCUCCGCUCUCAAUACUCACUCCCUACUCAACCGACACAGGAACAGAAACAGCUAGUGAGAUACCAUUUAGCUCCCUCAAGCUAAUGAUUUACAAACUGAGUCAGGAAAAUGGCCUAAGCUACUCACAACCACAUAGUAUUUCAAGUUGCAUUGUAAGACAGCAGACUUCUUCUCACAGCUGGUUACAGACUUGAGAUUAUGUUGUAUGGGUUGAGCUA